GUCGCACGUUUAUGUGUGCGUGCGCUCCUUGUUGCCCUUGCAUUGCGUGCAUUGCGCGUCCUUCACCAUUCUCAUGAGCUUGUGUCAUCCACAUCUGGCUUCCACGCGUUUCCCGCUAUAAUUAUCCUGUGGCAACUAAUGCAAUUGGACGUAACAUCUAUUAAACUCAUAUUGAAAGUGCUUCUAUCCAUUUCGUAUUAUUGGAUUUAAAUUACGAAAUAAACCAUUCACUGGAGGAUAUCUACAACUGCCCACGCAACAAAUUAAUCGUAUACACCCAUCAAAACACAUACACACUAUGUCCACCAAGAGAAGACGUCCAAGUACAAAUCAGGACCGCGAGCGGGGACAGCCGCGUGUAAAAAGAGUCAAAUUCACUUUGGAUUCUGUUGCAUUGCCAUCAAUUACAACAAAAGGAGCUGUGUUUGUGACUGGGACAGGUGAUGUAGGCCAGCUAGGUCUAGGUCCUGAUAUAAUGGACAGAAGUAGGCCCACAUUCCUUAAAAUGGAGCAUGAAGUAGUUGAUAUAUGUGCUGGUGGAAUGCAUACUGUGUGUUUAACUAAAGAGGGCAAGUUGCUAACAUUUGGAUGCAAUGAUGAAGGUGCGCUUGGCAGAGUAAUAGAAGAAGAUGGAGAAUAUGAACCAGGUCUUGUGGAUUUGCCAGGAAAGGUCAUACAAAUUUCGGCGGGUGAUUCACAUACUUGUGCCCUCUUGGAUGAUGGUAGAGUGUUUACAUGGGGCACAUUUAGGGAUUCACAUGGAAAUAUGGGUAUGACAGUGAAUGGUAAUGAAAAAUUGCCGAUUCAGAUUCUGAACGACCAGCAUGUGAUGAAAAUCGCGUCGGGCGCUGAUCAUAUUGUAUUCCUAACGCGUUUCGGAGAAGUGUACACUUGCGGCUGCGCUGAGCAAGGGCAAUUGGGGAGGACAACAGGUCGUGGAAGUGGAAGAACCGCCAGAAAUGGUGUGGGUCAUGAUCAAAUUGUUAAACUUCUUACGCCGGGGCUCAUAAGUCUGAAACCCAGUUUGAAACUGCAUUUUGAUGAUAUCUGGGCCGGCACCUAUGCGACUUUCGCGAAAGUAGCGGGAUCCAGUGAUGUCUAUGUGUUUGGUCUGAAUAACUAUUAUCAAAUCGGCUUAAAAGCAACAACUCCGCAAUAUACACCCGUCAAGUCACCAGAAUAUUCUAAGCACGAAUGGAAGAACAUUGCAUGUGCGGCGCAUCACGCAAUUGCAUUAUCAAAGGAUGGUAAAGUGUUUGUUAUUGGACGAAAGGAGUACGGCAGAUUGGGAUUAGGUGAAGUUGAAGAUGAUGCUCAAGUAUUAACUCAAGUGCUCAACGAUAAAAACAUUGUUGCUGUGGGUUGCGGUGCGUCACAAUCUUUUGCUGUCACUGAAAGUGGUGAUUUAUAUGGUUGGGGUAUGGGUACAGGUGGGCAACUUGGUACUGGCAGUGAAGAUGACUGCUUGGUACCAACCUUGAUUAAAAGUAAGCAAAUACAAGAUAGGAAAAUUAUUCGUGUGGUUAGCGGUGGCCAGCAUACGGUAAUGCUAGCACAACUGCCGGAAAACGAGCAAAAGCCAGCUGCGGAGCCUAGGAAAAAUGGAAAGCAGAGCAAAACCGAGGACAAAAUGGAAACCGACGAAAAGCCAAGCGCUGCCAAUGGCAAAACCGACGACUCUGCCUGAUUAAAUUACAACAAAUUGUACCGGUACAAUUAAACAAUCAUGCAGUAUCAAUUUGCGCAUUUACCCACAAAAAAAGUACAAAACCGUUGCUUUUUAAAUAUUAAAACUCCACAUUGCUUACGCCGCAGGUAAGUAAUUGACACGACACGUUGGAAUCGUUUCUGUAUUUUUAGAUAACAUGAAGAAAUUUGUGCGUUUCUUUGUUCAUUGUUAAUUUAAGAAGUUUGUAUUUUGAUCAUGUUAUUAGUUUAUAAUUCGAUGUGAAUGAAAUGAAUUGUCAAGCAUACCUGGAUAUUGAAAUAAAAAUGAGAGAUCGUA